UCUAGGGUUUCCUUUCACGAACCGAUCUCUCGGAUCCAAAUAAGAUGCAGGUCGACGGGAAAAAUGAUAAUUCACUCGAGAACAGACCCGGAAUCUUCGUGAUCGGACCAUCCGGCGUCGGCAAACGGACUCUUCUGUCUCUUGAAGGCUGCAAGUGAUUGGAGUCUUGGGUUUCAUUCUCAUUAUGGGUCAAUUGAAAAAAAAAAAAAAAGAAGGAAAGAAGGGUUGACGAGCUCGAUCUGUGACAAGGUCGCUGGAUUUGCUGCCUGGGGUUGCUAUCAAUUGAUAUUGAGGAAGGUCCUGACCCAUCGCCGGACGUAGUUGUCCAGGGGUGGACUAUAAACACAAAAUACUACAGUGCGGAUGUUUCUGUAUGGAUGGCCCAUCUCCGUGAUGAUUUCGAUGCACAAUCCCUGCCUAUUCUCGGGAAGUUGGAUGCCUUGGUGAUGGUUUUUGACUUGAGUAAGCCACCGUCCCUGGCUGCACUACAGGACUGGGUAUCUAAGAAUGAUAUUAGGAAUUUUGAGAUAUUGUUGUGCGUUGGGAAUAAAGUAGACCUUAUUCCUGGUCAUCCAGUUCAUGCCGAAUACAGAAGAAGGCUGCAAAAUGUUGAAGACGACUCUGUCGAUUAUUAUGCAGAACUCAGUGACUGCGGAAUCUCCGAGACUGAGGGAAGUAGUUUACUGGGUGGCGAUGAAUCUACCUUACAGAUUGGAAAAUCAUGUCUGGACUGGUGCAUUGAUCACAAUAUUGAAUACAUCGAAGCUUGUGCUUCCAAUGCUGACUUUGACAAAUGCUUAUCAGUUGCUGGCGAUUCACAAGGAGUUGAACGUCUAUCUGUUGCACUUUCUUCUCAUAUGUGGCCUGGAAUGAUACUGAAAUCUGGUGAAAAGAUAAGGGAACCAUCAUUGCCUGAAAGACAAGAAUCAUCAGAAGAAGAAUCGGAUUACGAAUUGGAAUAUGAAAUUCUGUCGGCGGGUUCAGCAGAGCCCUGGAAUGAUACAGAUGAAGGAUGGGUCUCAGCUAGUGGUUCUACAGUAACCUCAAAUGCUGGUGGAUCAACUGUAGCUCGGAAUACUUCUGUCGUAGAAAGUGAUCAUGAACAUGGAGAAAGUUAUGACAGGAAAGAUGAGACGGUCUCAACCUCGGGGACUGCCUUAGUGGACAAAAACAAUGAUGCCGGAUCAUCAGUCACAAAAGACCCCGAGGAAUUCACAGAGCCAGACCUAGAUAAUCAGAUUGACUUUGAGGAUCUGGAACACUUGAUGUCCGAGAUAGGGAAUAUUCGCAGUAACCUGCGGUUCAUGCCCGACUAUCAAAGGAGGGAAAUGGCUGCGAAACUUGCCAUGAAAAUGGCCAGUAUGUUUGGUGGAAGCAGUGAUGACGAGGAGUAACAUACUAGUGCAUUCCGCAAAGCAAAUAUUGUGAAGUCAAUCUUUCCAGGAGUUAUGCAGGUUAUGGUGAAAAGAUGUCAGUUUGAGUUGUAUGGCUUCAGUUGGUCGAGAUCGGGAUAUUUCUGGCCUUCAAGCCUGUGCUCGUGCCAUGAAAUGGUUGUCAAUUUGUGCCAGCGAAGAUAUGAAGUAAGUCUCUCUCUAUCCGUUAAUCUGCUGGGAAUUUUGAAUACUUAUUGUGGCAUAAUUAUUGUUGCUGCUGGAGACAAAUGGCUAUUUGCACAUGAAGCUCUUCAUCUACUUGCCUAACACUUAUGGAGAGUUUGUCCAUAUUUUUCUAUCUAUGUAUGCAAAUGGAAGAGCAUUAUGCAGAGUUUUGCCCGUUGUUACACUACUUUUCCUGCGAAUUUUGCCUCAGGAUCGAUACAUGAUGAUUCAAACCUAAGAGGCAGGUCGCCGAUAACAACUC